GGUGCACUCGCGAUUUCCUCGUCUUUCAAGUCGACUGGCGUACAGUAGUUGAACUGGCAGGUCACUGCAUCGCCAGCCAAACCACUGAGACGAUCUCGGCAUCGCCGACGACUGCACACAUAAUGCUCACUCUCAUACUUCUCUAUCUGGCGGCUCUUGUGUCCGCCUCUGUAGACCACACCGUCUUGAACACGCCCAAUGUCGUGCGAGCGGGCGAACCCUUUACCAUCUUCACCAACCUUGCCGCAGCUCAUUGGCCGAUUCCGGACUGCCAGGGGCCGGGGAGAUGCGAUAUGAAGUAUCUGAGGGUGUAUAUGAUGGGCGAUCCGACAUAUGAAACCAUGACGGAUCGGGGGGGUCCGGCAAUUAUCUGGCGCCAAUAUUGCUAUCUUGAGGGUUGUGUGUCAACCGACUUGACCAGCUUCAAUACCACCAUUCCGAAAGCCUCAUUCCCAGACGGCUAUCCCUACAGCCUGGACUAUAUGCUCUUCACACCUCUGGAUAACGGCAGCAUCUCGACAUUGGAACCGACCUUCUCGAUCUUCGAGGCCACCACCUUCAACUUGACGGGUGCGACAGGCAACUGGUCCGACUUCGCGUAUCAGUCGGCCGACUACGGCAUUGAAAAGUAUGUUUACACCGUGCCGUGCAGUGCCGUGCCGUGUCUGCAGGACUGCCAGACAGAGUUCGUAGCGCCGUAUGUACCGUUCCCGCGAAAAAAGGGCGAGCAGCUGGAUGCGUGCGUGAAGGGGUGUAAGGGGGAUUCGGAUCCUAUGGCGAAGUGCUUGACGAAGAACGCGACGGCGGCGGCGGCGGCAGAGACAACGACUGCCAAAACAUCGGAGACGGCGGCGAUAACCACUACCACCUCCACUGGCACGGCAUCUACUACUGGAGCGGCACCUCCUGGGAAUGCUGGCUCUGAUUUCAAGGUAGAGAGAAUGUCUUUGGUCUUGUGGUUGGGCUGUUUCGCAAUGGCUUUCUGGCUCGUGGUCUAGAUGUGAAUCGUCCACAAUGCGGAGUGGCAUCCGACACACCUUUACUAAUGAGACCUCGAUGAUAAACGAAGAAUAUGCGCCGUAUGGCUAAGAAGCGCUUUACAUUGGGAAUUUGGUUUAUUAUUGAAUUAGCUGUACUGGACAAAUCCGACAUGAGUUGCCGAGCGUCGGAGUUGGUGAAGGGCAAGCUUGGUGAAUCUGGACACAAAAGACCAAACGUAUGGACAAGGCCUGUUAAGAAGAAACAGCACUGAUGAGAUU